ACCACACUAGCUAGCAAUCAAGCAUUCUUUGUUUUCCCAACAACCUUUAUUAUUCUUUUCUGUCCUUUUUUUUUUUUUUUACUUCAAAUAUGGCCACCGCUGAGGUUUCACCAGCAGCAGCAGCAACACCAGUGCCAGAGAACGAGACUACUGAGACGAUCAAGGUUGAGGAGACAAAACCAGAGGAGCCAGAGGCCGCCCCGGAAGCACCCGCCCCAACCAGUACAGAAGAAGACAAGGAAGUGCCUGCAGAGGCCGCGGAGCAACCCGCGGCUGCUGUAGCAGAAGCCCCGCCGGCUGAAGCAGCGGAGACCAAGGACGAGGAGGUGAAAGCGGAAGAGCCUGCGGUUGAGGAAGAACCAGUUGCAGCUGAGAAAAUAGUCGAAGAGACUCGAGAAGUUAAAGAAGAAGAGGCUGCAGCCCCAGCUGAGGAGAGCAAAGAAGAGACCUCAGAAACAGCCGCAACUGAGGCGACUGCUGCAGAAGAAGAGAAAGAACCCGCAGCUCCUGUUGAAGCAGCAGAAGAGGCCUCCACAGAUGUUCCAGUUGAGACAGAUGUUCCAGUUGAGAAGAUAGAGGAAUAGAUACGAUCAUGGUUUUAUGAUGAAACGGAUUAGUUUGUUGGGGGGGGCUUAUCGAUCUUUUUUCUAGGUUGCAUGUCAAAGUCUGUCACCUUUUCUUUUCUUCUUCUUUUCACCUUUUUCUUUUACUUCAUUCACUAGUUUAUAUGGUUUUAGUUAAAGCAAAGCAAAGCAUCGGAUGAGGUUUGGAAUUUGGAUGCUGCAGUUAUUAUAAGCACUUUGGGUCCAAGUCAGCAUACUCGCCAUGCAUGUGGAGAAUAUAUAUUUAUAUAUGUAUCUUUUUGAGUGGCGAAGAGGUGGAAAAUUAGAAAACCCCUAUUUUUAGAUGGGGGAUAUUGCAUGUAUUACUAUAAGAUUUGAAGGUGUGUGGAUCGGUGGGGGGUGGGUAUGGCUCUUGGAUUCAGAAGAGUUGGAAAUGAGUUUGAUAUGGUGUGAUGAGAUGUGAUUUUUGUUUGGUUUGAAUAAAUUUUUAUUUCUUUA